AUGUCUGCGGGCGGCAACCCCAGGAAGAGCACCGGGAGGCCGAGCUACUACUACCGGCUGCUGCGGCGGCCCCGGCUGCAGCGACAGAGGAGCCGCUCCCGCAGCCGGACCCGGCCCACCAGGGAGUCACCCCAAGAAAGGCCGGGCUCCCGGCGCAGCCUGCCAGGCAGCCUCUCAGAGAAGAGCCCCGGCAUGGAGCCCUCGGCCACAACACCGUUCCGGGUCACGGGCUUCCUCAGCCGCCGCCUCAAGGGCUCCAUCAAGCGCACCAAGAGCCAGCCCAAGCUGGACCGCAACCACAGCUUCCGCCACAUCCUGCCCGGGUUCCGGAGCGCAGCCGCCGCCGCCGCCGCCGCGGACAAUGAGAGGUCCCAUCUGAUGCCAAGGCUGAAGGAGUCUCGCUCCCACGAGUCCCUGCUCAGCCCCAGCAGUGCAGUGGAGGCGCUGGACCUCAGCAUGGAGGAAGAGGUGGUCAUCAAGCCUGUGCACAGCAGCAUCCUGGGUCAGGACUACUGCUUUGAGGUGACAACAUCAUCAGGAAGCAAGUGCUUUUCCUGCCGGUCCGCAGCUGAGCGAGAUAAGUGGAUGGAGAACCUGCGGCGAGCAGUGCACCCCAACAAGGACAACAGCCGGCGUGUGGAGCACAUUCUGAAGCUGUGGGUGAUUGAGGCAAAGGACCUGCCGGCCAAGAAGAAGUAUCUGUGUGAGCUGUGCCUGGACGAUGUACUGUAUGCUCGCACCACGGGCAAACUCAAGACGGACAAUGUCUUCUGGGGCGAGCACUUUGAAUUCCACAACCUGCCACCUUUGCGCACAGUCACUGUCCACCUGUACCGGGAGACUGACAAGAAGAAGAAGAAGGAACGCAACAGCUACCUGGGCCUAGUGAGCCUGCCCGCUGCCUCAGUGGCUGGCCGGCAGUUCGUGGAGAAGUGGUACCCAGUGGUGACACCUAAUCCCAAGGGUGGCAAAGGCCCUGGGCCCAUGAUCCGCAUCAAGGCACGCUACCAGACCGUCACUAUCUUGCCCAUGGAAAUGUACAAGGAAUUUGCCGAACACAUCACUAACCACUACUUAGGGCUUUGUGCAGCCCUAGAGCCCAUCCUCAGUGCCAAGACCAAGGAGGAGAUGGCGUCUGCCCUGGUGCACAUCCUGCAGAGCACAGGCAAGGUGAAGGACUUUCUGACAGACCUGAUGAUGUCGGAGGUGGACCGCUGCGGGGACAAUGAGCACCUCAUCUUCCGAGAGAACACACUGGCCACCAAGGCCAUUGAGGAGUACCUCAAGCUAGUGGGCCAGAAGUACCUGCAGGACGCACUAGGUGAGUUCAUCAAAGCUCUAUAUGAGUCAGAUGAGAACUGCGAAGUGGACCCAAGCAAGUGCUCGGCCUCUGACCUCCCUGAGCACCAGGGCAACCUCAAGAUGUGCUGCGAGCUGGCCUUCUGCAAGAUCAUCAACUCCUACUGUGUCUUCCCACGGGAGCUUAAAGAAGUGUUCGCCUCGUGGCGACAGGAGUGCAGCAGCCGCGGCCGGCCAGACAUCAGCGAACGGCUCAUCAGUGCCUCACUCUUCCUGCGUUUCCUCUGCCCUGCCAUCAUGUCACCCUCACUCUUCAACCUGCUGCAGGAGUACCCUGACGACCGUACAGCUCGCACCCUCACCCUCAUUGCCAAGGUCACCCAGAAUCUGGCCAACUUUGCCAAGUUUGGCAGCAAGGAGGAAUACAUGUCAUUCAUGAACCAGUUCCUGGAGCACGAGUGGACCAACAUGCAGCGCUUCCUGUUGGAGAUCUCCAACCCUGAAACCCUUUCCAACACAGCUGGCUUUGAGGGCUACAUAGACCUGGGCCGAGAACUCUCCAGCCUGCAUUCACUGCUCUGGGAGGCUGUCAGCCAGCUGGAGCAGAGCAUUGUGUCCAAACUAGGACCCUUGCCUCGGAUCCUGAGAGAUGUCCACACUGCCCUGAGCACCCCAGGCAGUGGACAACUCCCUGGGGCCAAUGACCUGGCCUCCACACCAGGCUCAGGUAGCAGCAGCAUCUCAGCUGGGCUACAGAAGAUGGUGAUUGAGAAUGAUCUCUCUGGUCUGAUAGAUUUCACCCGGUUACCGUCUCCAACCCCCGAAAACAAGGACUUGUUUUUUGUCACAAGGUCCUCCGGGGUCCAGCCCUCACCUGCCCGCAGCUCAAGCUACUCAGAAGCCAACGAACCUGAUCUGCAGAUGGCCAACGGCGGCAAGAGCCUGUCUAUGGUGGACCUCCAGGAUGCUCGCACGCUGGAUGGGGAGGCGGGCUCCCCAGCAGGCCCCGAUGCCCUCCCUACUGAUGGGCAGAUACCUGCAACUCAGCUGGUGGCUGGAUGGCCAGCCCGGGCAGCCCCAGUGAGCCUGGCAGGGCUAGCCACAGUGCGGCGGGCAGGCCAGACACCAACCACACCAGGCACCUCUGAGGGUGCACCAGGCCGGCCCCAGUUGUUGGCCCCACUCUCCUUCCAGAACCCUGUGUACCAGAUGGCAGCUGGACUGCCGCUGUCACCCCGCGGCCUCGGAGACUCAGGCUCUGAGGGCCACAGCUCCCUGAGCUCCCACAGCAACAGCGAAGAGCUAGCAGCUGCUGCCAAACUGGGAAGUUUCAGUGCUACUGCAGAGGAGCUGGCGAGGCGACCUGGUGAGCUGGCACGGCGGCAGAUGUCACUGACUGAGAAGGGUGGCCAACCCACAGUGCCAAGACAGAACAGCGCUGGUCCCCAGCGGAGGAUUGACCAGCCGCCACCCCCACCACCGCCACCACCUCCUGCUCCCCGGGGCAGGACACCUCCUACCUUGCUGAGCACCCUCCAGUACCCACGACCCUCAAGUGGAACCCUGGCGUCAGCAUCACCGGACUGGCCUGGCCCUGGCGCCCGGCUGCGACAGCAGUCCUCCUCUUCUAAAGGAGACAGCCCAGAGCUGAAGCCCCGCGCCAUUCACAAGCAGGGCCCUUCACCCGUGAGCCCCAAUGCCCUGGACCGCACGGCCGCUUGGCUCUUGACCAUGAAUGCACAGUUGUUAGAAGACGAGGGCCUGGGCCCAGAUCCCCCCCACAGGGAUAGGCUAAGGAGUAAGGAGGAGCUCAGCCAAGCAGAAAAGGACCUUGCAGUGCUGCAAGACAAGCUGCGAAUCUCCACCAAGAAGCUGGAGGAAUAUGAGACCCUGUUCAAGUGCCAGGAAGAGACAACACAGAAGCUGGUGCUGGAGUACCAGGCACGGCUGGAGGAGGGUGAGGAGCGGCUGCGGCGGCAGCAGGAGGACAAGGACAUCCAGAUGAAGGGCAUCAUUAGCAGGUUGAUGUCCGUGGAGGAGGAGCUGAAGAAGGACCACGCUGAGAUGCAAGCAGCUGUAGACUCUAAGCAGAAGAUCAUUGAUGCCCAGGAAAAGCGCAUCGCCUCCCUGGAUGCUGCCAAUGCCCGCCUCAUGAGUGCCCUGACGCAGCUGAAAGAGAGGUACAGCAUGCAAGCCCGUAACGGCGUCUCCCCCACCAACCCCACCAAAUUGCAGAUUACUGAGAACGGCGAGUUCAGAAACAGCAGCAAUUGCUAACCUGCCUGAGGAGGGAGGAACCUCCCCAAGGAGAGGGAGACUGUGGUGGUCCAGGGCAGGGUCUCGGUCAGGAAGCUCCCCACAGUUGCAGACUGUGUGGGUGGCAGGAGGCCGAGGCGCUCCCCUCCCCUCGCCCAUUGUCCAGGAGGCAGUGGAGGGAGCACAGAGACUGAUGCAGUGCAAGGCUGCGGGCACAGCGCUCCCCUUCUCUUCGGCCGCCCGCCUGUGCAGCGGUUUGGGUAGAGGCAGCAGAGACUGCACGCGGGGGAGUGGGGACAGCCUGGAGGGAGGCCUGCCACACAUGUCUGUUGGUUGUUGAAUUUGGUAUGUGUCACCUUUUCCUCCUUGACCAGCCAUGUGCAUGUACCCCAUACCCUGUGCCAGAGAGGGAGCUGCCUGGAGAGGGGUCAAGUAAGGGCUGGGGUCACUUCUGUGGGUUCCUCUCACCUCCUGGGGCCCGGGACUCUGGCCACCAGGCCUCUGCUCCAGGGGACAUGGCACUGAUGAGGUUGUCUGCAGGCAGGAAGACAAUGGGGAGGACACAGGUAUUGAUUCUGUGGCCCCUGCUCAUCUCUGCCACUGCAUGCUGCCCAUCAGGGACCUCCUGUCUGUGUAGAACUGAAGGUUUAUCCUGCCCCCAUGCCUGCCCCAGACUUGCCACCCUCCACCUCUGUCCCUUCCAUAGUUACAUUGCCAGUGAGGAUCAUCACACUUUCUCUUGUGGGCCCUCAUAGCUGUGGGAGGAUCCUGGGCCUGGGCUCAUCUCUUGGGGCUCCCAGAAGCCAGAGAGCUGGGCAGAGCUGGCCAGGUGGCACCGUGCAUUGUAGCUGCCUUUUCCAGGGGCCCAGUGCAUCCACAGGCACAGUGGCCCUGUGGGGAGUGGCCAGCUGGUGCUCACCCCGAAAAGGUGAUCUUUUCUCUGAUGGUUUAAAAGAAAAAUUUUAAGGCCUGCAGGCCCUUAGAAGGUGGAUAACUGUGAUUUUUUUUCCUUUCACAGUAUGCAUUAGAAACAAAAGCCCGCUUGCUCGCUUGCUGGAACACUGGGGCCUUUUAAAUUGAGCGUGCGCACUGCAUGGGAAAUAGCAGCCCUGGAGGAUGUUAGACUUGCUCCCUCUCCAAGACAGCAGCAGCCUGCACCAGGCCCCGUGUGUGCAGCCGCCUCUCCUCACCCUUCCAGGCCCCAGCCAAGGACCCAGGCACUGCAGGCAGGGGAGGGGCAUACCCCGCAGCUGGGGCUGGUUUUCCUCAGCUCUAGGCUGUUCUGUAGCAUAUCUGCCCCUCCCUCCUUUGCAGGACAGAGAUGGGCAGGAGCUUGGGUCUCUCUCGGCCCUCAUCUGUUCCCAUGCCCUAGAAUCUAAGCCCUGGUUCUAGGUGACCUAGGACAGGAGCUGGGGCCUUUACCCAUAGAACCAGGGCUAAGUGAGCUGACCUCUGCCCCUGGAGUCCCCAUUAGGAAGGGUGGAAGUACUAGAGGGGUGGCCUAGCCAUGCUGCACCCCAUCCUCAGCCCAUGGAUAGGCAAAGGCUAAUGCUCUGGGAGGGGUUUUUAGAUGUAACCUACAACCCAGUUAGGCUGCAGACAGAUGCUGGGGCAGGAGAGAGGGCUCAGCCAUCAAGGGUCAGAGACUUCAGGGAGGAAGGAGGUGGGGCCAAGGUCCUACCCCUGCCCCUUCCUGCCCUGCUCCUGUUCACACCCCUGGCACCUGUGAGUUUCAGGGAGGCCUCUUGGGCAGGGCCUGGCCUGGGUCUUGUCCUUCCUCUACCCAGGGAGCCCUGCUUUCCUCCCCUCCCACUUUCGCCCAUGCCUCAUAAAGUGACCUCGGACUGAGCGCCUCCUAGCAAUAUGGGGAUCCCCAGGCCUGGACAGGAAGGCGCAGGGCCAGACGCCGUGGCCCUUUCGAGGGGUUGUUAGCUCUCGGGCCGAGAGCCUUAUUUACCUAGUGCAAAAACUGUAAAAGUGUACAGACUCUCCACAGAUUUUUAUCUUAAUUGCAAGUCUGCCGAUUUUUGUAAAUGUUCUUGGUGUUUGACUGUAAUGGAACUAUUUCACCCAAGGGAUGUACAUAGUCCUUUAGUCCUGGUGCUGCAAGGGCUGGCCCGGACCGCUGCUCUCAUGGUUGGUAUUGUAGCCUAGAGAUCGGUGCUGGGCAGGACGAAGAGCUUUGAGAUCUGGUGUAUCUCUUUCCUGCCCAGGGCAUUGAUUUGUUGGCUUUACAGUAUGCUGCUGAGAGAGAGGCUGAUGGGGGCAGGUGCCCUCAGUGGGGCCAGCAAAGCAUCCUUCUGCCCAUAGCCUCUGCUUACAGCCAGGGCUGGGAUUGCCAGAGGCCCUGAGGGAAGGACAGUCCCUUCUCAGGGAAGACCAAGCCCCAAGGCUCCCUGGCCACCAUGACCUGGGCUCUGCAGGAGAGAGCUGCCCCUUCCCCUGCUAACACAGAAACCUGACAUUUUUGCUCAACUUGUAUGUUCAGGGUGAAGGAAACUGCCAAACUCCCUUUGAGCGAAGACUUUCUCUGACUGCCCAGGAGGGGGUGGGGACCAGGGCCAGUGCCCCACAUGUAACCCCAGCACCUGCCCAAGGGACACCACUCCCUCAAACCCAUCUGUCUGGGAGCCAGACUGUCCAGGGAACCAGCCCCUCUUUUCUACACACUUGGCCACAAAGCCACCCCUGUUCCCCCACCACACCCAGGUUCUCCCAUUUUGUAAGUAUGUGAAAAGAAAAAAAAUGCAAAUGUCAAGAGUUGGCUGGAGUUGCUCCUUUAGCCAUGACUUUUAACCAUGUAAUAAUGUACAGAGAAGUUGUUGGUGUUCUAAGACUCUGUGUGGCUGUGCAAUUUCUGUACAUUUGCAAUUAGAAAUAUUAAAGAUUUAUUUAGCUAUUUUAA